CGCCGGUACAGUAGAUGGCGCACAGGGCCACCAAGUGACCCAGCCGGACAUCCACCACGACUUGCGUCGACACCAGCAGCUGCCUCUCCGGUCUCUCGUCUAUCGUCAACGGCUGAUCAUUCGCCGCAUUCCCCUCACCCCUCACCCCUCCCCCCCGCAGCGUCUCCACCAUUAGCGAGCCCCAAAACACCGGCUGUGCCACCACUGUGAAGAAGAACGCACGCUGAGAUGUCGAGUCAAGCACCGCCUCAACCACGAGCCCAGCAUUAUCACCAACACCACCGCCGUUCACCGACAUUUCCCCGCCCCCUCCUCCACCCAGGCACCCUGUCUGUUCCUUCUCGCUCCUGUAUCUGCUCGUCUGGUCCUUGAGUGGUCAUGAAUGGUGUGAUACAUGUGUGUGAUGCGAUGCCGAUCUUGUCUAAGCAGCGGAACAGUUGUGGGAGGGAUCAGAAGCGGAAUCGGCGCAGCGGCUCCCUCCUCUCUAGCUCCUCCCGGCGCUGCAGCGCCUCAUCCCUCCGCCUCUGCAUGGCCGCGGUCACCAGGGUCGCCACUCUUGGCAGCCUGGGGCCGGGCGCAGCAGGGGGGUGGGGCGAUUGGAUGACGGGGGCAGGGGGAGGUGAGGAGAGGCUGAGCCCUCCCUCCGACUCUUCUUCCUCCUCCCCGGCCUCAGAGGAGGCCAUAUACCCUGAGCUGCUGACGCUCGAGGCGGUGGAAAGGGCUCGCCGGGCCGGGGGGAGGGUGAGAGGGCUGAGUUCGCCCAGCGGCCGCGGCACCUGUCCCAGCGGUGUGACAGGGGUGCCUGUCUGCGAGUGGAGGGACGGGGUCGAGGGUGCUCGGGGGUGGAGGGGCGGAGACUGGCAGGGCGACGGCACCAGCGACGGCGGCACAGGCAGCAGCUCAGGCGUCAUGACGCCUGCAGUAGAACCAAAGGAACGCAGAAUGAAUGCAUGCAUGAGUUGAAUGCUUCGAAAUGGAAGCGCAGUCCGAAUCUUGCAUGUCGCAUGCCCCGUCUUAUCUGCCUUGGCCUACCUGCGGCCUCGCGAGCAGGGCGGUAGUCGACGACGCUCCCCAGGCGGGCAGCUGCAUUGCCCUCGAGGGCGGCCAGUGGGAGGGCGGCGGCGGCGGCUGGGCGAACAAAGGCAGCCUCUUGAAAGGGCAAGAGCCCGAGGUCGACGGAGAAGUGGCUCACCAUCAUUUGCAG